AUGCAACGUUUAUCACUCUUUUUUGUCACUGUCGCUGGCCUCCAAGGGGCACUCGGACAAACCUCUCUUUAUGUUCCCGGCUUUGACUCUCAGGCUUUGAGUGUCGAAGUUGCUGGUGUGGCUGACGGCCACACUACAUUUCUCAUUCAGCCCGGGUCGGAUGCCACUGAUGGAUUUGUCGGCACAGCCACCCUCGUCGAAGGCUCAGAUUACGCUUCUUUGACCUAUGUCGCCCCAGACGCGACUUCAGGCUUCACAGUCGGCUACGAAUGUUCCAUCGCUGCCGGCGUCGCCGUUUGCUCAGGUGUAGCUGAUGGUGUUACAAUCUUGGAAACGGAGACUGUGUCUGCGUUUUCGGUUGAAGGUGGAGCCACCUCUACGGCCGCUGGUACCGUAGCCACCGGGUCCUCUCAUUCUGGAUCAUCCUCAGCGACAGCUAAGGCCGGAUCUGGCAGCUCCAGCGGUACUGCUACGUCGACCGGUACCUCUGCCGCCGCCUCGUCGACCCAUUCGAACUCCAGCAGCGCUAUCUCUGCAUCGUCGCAGACCGUUAUGGGAGCAAUGGGAGUGCUUUUGGGUCUUAUGUCGAUGUUGUAA